AUGGCCGACUUCGCCGCCGCGCAGAAACGCAUCCUGAAGAGACGCGCCGCCCGAGAAUCCGCACUGACGGCAGCAAAUACAGCAGCACGAGAAUCCCGCACGGCACAGCUGACGGCACUCCCACCGCAGCUACGCGCCUACGCAUUCGAAUUUCUGAGCUUCUGGGACUUCCUCAAAUCACCGCACGGCACGCGACCAGCUUUCCGCGUCGGACAAGUGGACGCCGAACUCCUCGACGAGGCACUGCUCGACCUCCUCAAGAAACAAGCAGGCGAAGGCCUGAAACUGUACGGCGCUCACCUCAAAGACGACUAUUCACGCGAAAUCACGUUUUUCCUUCGAACAUGCAUGUGGAAGCUGAGCAUCUGGGAUCACGGGCAGUCGUAUGGGGCGAGCUUGCAGGGCCUGAAAUACGUCGACGCACGAGGGAAGCCCGACCCCAACACCUUGGUACGCAAGGAAGCGACGACCUGGCAGAGACUACUCUACGGAAUCAUAUCAGUGGGCGGCAGAUACGGCUGGGCGCGCUGGGAAGACCGACUCAGCAGCUUGGAGAAUGGAUACGACGAACCCACACCCCUCAUACGCCGACUUUCACAAUGGACCACAUACCUAUCCACCACACACAACAUAGCGGCGUUCAUUUCCUUCCUGGUGUUCCUCUACAACGGACGCUACCGCACACUCACCGAUCGACUAUUACGCCUCCGACUCGUCCCUGCAAGCAAUCAGACCAGCAGAGAAGUCUCCUUCGAGUUCCUUAAUCGGCAGCUCGUCUGGUACGCAUUUACCGAGUUUUUACUUUUCUUACUGCCAUUGGUCGGAAUCAGCAGAUGGAGACGAUGGAUAUCAAGAGCAUGGAAGAAGAUGAAGAUAGGCAUGAUGAAACUGGCACAAGGCAACCCCGAGGCUGGCAUCGACGAUGAAGAUGAAGAUAUCAAGAAAGGAGAGCUGGCCUUCCUUCCUGAGAGAACAUGCGCGAUAUGCUAUCAAGAUCAGAACCCCACAGGCGGACAGAGCGAACAAGAUGUACUUGCAUCAAGCGCUGGCGCGAAUUCGGGAAUCAUUGGAUCGGCACAGACAGACAUCACAAACCCGUACGAGGCUGAUCCUUGCGCAUGCAUAUACUGUUUCGUGUGCCUGGCGCAGCGCAUCGAAGCCGAAGAAGGCGAAGGGUUCAUAUGCUUACGGUGUGGAGAAGUCGUCAAAGAAUGCCGACCUUGGAAUGGAGAUGUACUUAUUGAGAAAAGAAGAACACUCAGCGGCAGCACCAGCACAGGUGGAAGCCCAAAUACGAGGAGGAAAUCCGUCAUGUUUGAUCUUGAGGAGGAGGAAACGCAGCAGGCUGAGGAUGAGAAGCGACGGCGAGAAGAUGAGGAAGUGCUCAGCCCCGUCGAUCCUAUGCCUAUGGAAGAGAGCGCUGCUUGGAGUGAAGUCAAAGACGACGAUUAUGAUGAUGACAGUGGUGUUGAAGCAGAAGGCUACGAAGAAGACGAUCCUGAAGAUGAGGUUGAUGAGCAUUAGUGAAGCGAGCGAAGAUACCCCCAUCAUGCAUUUGUUUGUGCCCUGUCG